GGGACUUCGACGGUCCGGAACUGUGAUUGGUGUUCCACAUGGAUCUUGAUACACUGAGGCUAUUGGCAAGCGCGAUCGCCCAGAAUCCGGAUGCAGAAGCAGAGGAUGAGUACCUCAUUAAACAGUUCAAUGGUUUCUUACGAUUCCUCCUGAACGAGAACCGGACCAGCUCGCCAGAUCAACAGGAAGCAUUCAAACUCAGUUUGAAUUGCUUGACUAACCUGUGUUGGUCCUGCCAUCGGAACGAACUAUUACGGAAAGCCAUUGGUACGGACGAAAGAUGUCGAACGUUUGUCUCUCUGAUAAAGGACAUGCUUUUCCAGAACUUGAAUCCGGCGUUGCGUCCGUUAGUGAUUGGUCUAUUGUGCAAUCUCACUAGAGACGAGGUGUGGGCAGCUCGGUUCUUUCAAGAUGAUCAUGAAAGAUUAAUCAGUGCCGUGCUCCCAGCAAAAGUCAUUAUUGAUGACACCAUUCCGCUGCUUCUCAAUAUGACCAGUAAUCGAGAACUUCGCCGUCGACUUUGUGCUAAUGGGACAUUCCAAAUUCAACUGCUUAGCCGGUUCGCUUCCGAGUCCGACGCGGAACGAGCCGUCUUACUUGCCGGGAUAGUUAAAAAUUGCUGCUUUGAAGAUGAGUACCACCCACAGCUACUUGGUCCCAGGUCUCAGUUACUGGAGGUUAUACUCCGGCCACUUUGUGGUCCAGAAGAUAACAUCGACUCCGAGGACAAACAAGCCCUUCCUGUCAGUUUGCAGCAGCUGAUCGGGAACCCAUCCACAGUUCGUAGCAAAUCGAAUGAGCUCAAGUCGACAAUUUGUCAUGCACUGCUUCAGCUCUGUGCUACGAGUUGGGGACGAAAUCGUCUUCGGUCUGUUGGGACGUAUUUUAUCCUUCGGGAAUUGCACAAAUACGAAGGCUCGAAACUCUCCGACGGAACUUUAAAUGAUAUAGAAAUACUUUCUACAAAAUCCCUACUUUAUGACAUAGAGCAAGUUGUUGAUCAGCUCAUAUGUGAGGAACGAGACAGAGACCAAGCCACGACGGAGAAAAGCCUUCGUGAUAUUGAAGUAGACGAUGAAAUGGCUCAAAAGCUGGAGCGAGAUCGGGUGGACUACAUUGGUGUCAGCUGA